AUUAAAAUAAAAAAAAAUACUUGAAAAAUAAUUGCAGCUAGAAAUUUAUUUUGCAAAAAUUAAAUCAGGAGAAGACCCUCUCAUUUAUUUAUUGACCCAUCACUCUCUUGUGUCUGUCAUCAGGAGAAGACCGGAUACCACCUAGAAAUUUCCACCCUCGUUUCUCAAUAAUUUCAUACUCACCAUCCAGUUGAAAACCCUUUCCUAAAAUUGGGGGUUUCUUCUUAAAUACCCUGUUGUAUCUAGACUUUAUUCCUGGGGUUCGAAACCAAGGUUGAAACUCUUCCUCAUGAAUCUCUAAAUUCUUCCUUUUUCGAUUCAUCUUCAAAAAUAAUCAAGAAAAAGAACACUUAGUAGGAAAAAUUAAAUCCCACAAUUACCUCAAGAUGGGUUGGGGCUGACAAAUAGGGUUUGUUGAUUGUUGAGGGGUCAAACACAAUCGCUAAGAAACUGCCGAAAAAUUUAGCUGCUACCGUCGUCUAAUGGCACUCACAGUUCGACAAGGCUGGAUUAUUGCCAAUGGCAUUCAAUUACUACCGAUGGUGAUCGACAGGGCUCGAUGAGUUUCACUUGUUAGAGUUCGAUGGUGGCUGAUGACUACAACAAGUGUCCGAUGGUGGCCUGAUCGACAGAGGCCGAGGGUGUGUGAGGACUGCCACAAAUGGCCGAUGAUGGCUGAUGGUGUGCGAUAGAGCAGUGUGCAAUGGCCUCCUGUUGGAGGUUACGCGAGCGCACGGGUCUACGGGGCUAGGGGAUCGGCUGAUGCUGUUCUGACCGCACCAAGCUGGUGCUGGCGAUGGCGGUGAUGAGGUGGGCAGCGGCCAAAAAUACAAAAGAAGAAAAGAAAAAUAGUGGAAAAUGCCGGCAGUCGUAGUAAGCGGCUCUGGUGAGAAUCAAGAAUUUGAAGGCAGGAUAACAGUGUAUGUCAUAGUUUGCGUGAUCAUAGCAGCCUUUGGAGGCUUGAUGUUUGGAUAUGAUAUUGGCAUUUCAGGUGGAGUAACAUCCAUGGAUGAUUUCUUAAAAAAAUUCUUUCCAGCUGUGUUUGAAAAGAAACAUCAUGCACUUGAAAACAAUUACUGCAAAUACGAUAACCAAUUCCUCCAGUUGUUCACGUCUUGCUUGUACCUUGCUGCUUUAAUAGCUAGUUUUGUAGCUUCAAAGGUGUGCUCAAAAUAUGGUAGGAAACUCACCAUGCAGAUUGCUUCAAUUUUUUUCAUAAUAGGCGUGAUUUUGACUGCUGGAGGUAUCAACAUCGAAAUGAUAAUUUUUGGGAGAAUUUUUCUCGGCUUUGGUGUUGGGUUUGCCAAUCAAGCGGUACCGCUCUUCUUAUCGGAGAUAGCUCCACCUAAUCUUCGUGGAGCACUCAACAUAAGUUUCCAGCUCUUCAUUACAAUUGGAAUUUUGGUAUCCAAUCUGAUAAACUAUUCUACAACAAAUGUCCAUCCUCAUGGAUGGAGAAUUUCUCUUGGCAUUGCUGGUGUCCCUGCUUUGAUGCUUUGUUUGGGAUCUAUACUCAUCUGUGAGACUCCAACUAGCCUUAUUGAACGUCACAAAGUUGAGGAAGGAAGGAAAGUUCUGAGGAAGAUUCGUGGUGUCGAAAAUGUUGAUGACGAGUUUGAUUCAAUUAUACAUGCAUGUGAGAUGGCAAAGCAAGUAAAGGACCCUUUCCGCAAACUAAUGAAGCCAGUUAGCCGACCCCAACUAGUAAUUUCCAUCUGUUUGCAAAUUUUCCAGCAAUUUACUGGAAUCAACGCUAUAAUGUUCUACGCUCCUGUUCUGUUCCAGACGGUGGGAUUUGGGAAUGAUGCUGCAUUGCUUUCAUCGGUUAUUACUGGCCUUGUCAAUGUGUUUAGUACUGUAGUUUCAAUAUAUGUAGUAGAUAGGGCUGGCAGGAGAAUUCUGCUACUUGAAGCUUGUGUCCAAAUGUUCAUUUCUCAGGUUAUUAUUGGCAUAAUCCUUUUCAAAGAAUUGAAAACCACAGGUGACAAUCUUUCCAAAGGAGAGGGAAUCUUUGUGGUGAUCUUGGUGUGUACCUUUGUCAUGGGCUUUGCCUGGUCAUGGGGACCUCUUGGUUGGUUAAUUCCUAGUGAGAUUUUCCCUCUGGAGACCAGAUCGGCUGGUUUUGCCUUUGCAGUCAGCACCAACAUGCUCUUCACUUUUAUCAUUGGUCAAGCUUUCCUCUCAAUGCUAUGCCAGAUGCAAGCUGGAAUCUUUUUCUUCUUUGCUGCCUGGGUUAUCAUAAUGGGAGCCUUCACAUGGUUCUUGUUGCCUGAGACCAAAGGUGUCCCUGUUGAUUCUAUGGUUGACAAAGUCUGGAAGCAGCACUGGUUCUGGCGUUCUUUCAUGAUGGAGGAUAACAGGCCCGAUGUUAAGGUUGUCUGAUCCAUCUACAAUGAAGUUCCUAGUCGUGUUUCAUUCUUUUUUCAUGUAAAAUUUACUGCUGGACACUACGCUAGCUAUUGGGCUCACUACAGGAUCGAUCGUGACUACUUUUGUUAUUGGGUUGAGCUUUCGGUAUUUUAUUAUGGAAAAUAAAUGAGAAAGGCAAGCAUUUUCACAUUGUUUCUAGCUUAUAA